UUAUGCGAGCAGAAUCUCUGGAGCUUCCGCUUUGCCGAAUUUGAGCUCCCGGGGGGGAGGGGGGGAGGCGAGUACGUGGGCGACUCUUCCUUCUUUGUAGAUAAACUUGGAGGUGAAGUUUACAUUCCCUCGUGACUUACAAGCUGCUACUGGCCUAGACCUAGAAGGUGGGAAGUUAAAAAGUUAUGCUCUUAAAAAUCACAGCGAAGUUGCUUUGUAAGGAGUUCUAUGAAUGUUAAUGAUUACUGCCAUGAUUUAAAUUCAAUAUCGUAAGUAUUUUUGGCGAACCCACUUUAGCUGCUAUGCGCUGCAGGAACAAGAAACCCACUGCCCUAUGUGUGUGUGUGUAGCGGAUGCCUUGCGAGUGGCCUUAAGUGUGAGGGAUGGGGUGGCAGGGAAUGGGCAGCCAGCACGAGACGUCUUUGAGACUCAGUUUCUUUAAUGAAAAAAGAUUGUGUUGCAUAUGUGAGGCUUUUUUCUCGCUGUAGGAUUCUUCGGGACUGGAAGUCUGUUCACAGUCAUGGGUUUUGCUGUGGUUAUUGUGGCCUUUCACACCCCACUCCGCAUGGCCUGCUGAUAUAAGUAGCUCCCAGUUAUCAUGCAUUACUGGGGUGGAGGGGGAGGUGGGUAGAGCAGAGGGCUAGCAUUACAUGCAUCACUUCAUUUAAUCCUCACUAUUUAUUUGCUUUUUUCAUAUGAGUAAACUGAGACUCAGAGAGAUUGGGACCUGCCCAGUGUCAUGCAAAGAUUUGAGGCAGGCCUCUGACUCCUAGGCUCUACACCUCUAGCAACUCCACCAUACCUUCUCACUAUUGCUGAGGCCGGGGUGGUCCCAGCUCUUUAUUUUUGUCUGAGUGGGUGGACCCUUGUCCUAAGCAAAUGAUGGCUGCCACCUCUUAACACGCUCUUUCUUUCUCCACUUACAAAGGGUGGGGACUAGAUGCAGGCGAAGAAGUCUUGUUCAGAAAGCUACAGAAGGACCCAACCUGGCUGAGGCAGUUUUAGACCAGCAGGUUCUGGAGUGGCAGACGCAGCUCUGGCAUCACCUUCCUGGUCCUGAUGUCUCGAGAGGCAGAUAUGGAUUGUCAGCAGUCCCAAGACGGCACCUCCUCACAGUCUCAAGGCGCCACCUCCUCUCAGUCCGCCACCUCCUCUCAGCCCGCCUUCUCCUCCUCCUGGCAGUCGCACAGCAGCUCCUUGCAGUCCCCUGGCCUUUCCUCACAGCCCCACGGCUCUUCGCAGUCCCAGAACACAUCUGGCUCCUCCUCUGGCACAGUACACACAUCCAGUCAGUCCUCUCACUCCAGCUCCGGGACGCUGAGUUCCGUAGACACAGUGUCCACUCAGGAACUCUACUCUAUUCCCGAGGACCAAGAACCAGAGGAGCCCAUCCCGGCCCCCUGGGCUCGAUUAUGGGCCCUUCAGGAUGGAUUCUCCAAUCUCGAGUGUGUUAAUGACAACUACUGGUUUGGGAGAGACAGAAGCUGUGAAUAUUGCUUCGAUGAGCCACUGCUGAAAAGAACAGACAAAUACCGGACAUAUAGCAAGAAACACUUUCGGAUUUUCAGAGAAAUGGGUCCUAAAAACUCUUACAUCGCAUACAUAGAAGAUCACAGUGGGAAUGGAACCUUUGUAAAUAGAGAGCUUGUAGGGAAAGGAAGACGCCUUCCGUUGAAUAACAAUUGUGAAAUUGCACUUUCAGUAUGGAAUAAUAAAGUUUUUGUAUUUUUUGAUCUGACUGUAGAUGACCAGUCAGUUUAUCCUAAAGAAUUGAGAGACCAAUACAUCAUGUCAAAAACCCUUGGAAGUGGUGCCUGUGGAGAGGUGAAGCUCGCUUUUGAGAGGAAAACAUGUAAGAAAGUAGCUAUAAAGAUCAUCAGCAAAAGGAAGUUUGCUAUUGGCUCUGCGAGAGAGGCAGAUCCAGCUCUCAAUGUUGAAACAGAAAUAGAAAUACUGAAAAAGCUAAAUCAUCCUUGCAUCAUCAAGAUUAAAAACUUUUUUGAUGCAGAAGACUAUUAUAUUGUUUUGGAAUUGAUGGAAGGAGGAGAGCUGUUUGACAGGGUGGUGGGAAACAGACGCCUGAAAGAAGCUACCUGCAAACUCUAUUUUUACCAGAUGCUUCUGGCUGUACAGUACCUUCAUGAAAAUGGCAUUAUACAUCGGGACUUAAAGCCAGAGAAUGUUCUACUCUCAUCACAGAAAGAGGACUGUCUUAUAAAGAUUACUGAUUUUGGGCAGUCCAAGAUUCUGGGGGAGACCUCUCUCAUGAGAACUUUAUGUGGUACCCCCACCUAUUUGGCUCCUGAGGUUCUUGUUUCCUUUGGGACUGCCGGGUAUAACCGUGCUGUGGACUGCUGGAGUUUAGGAGUUAUCCUUUUUAUUUGCCUUAGUGGGUAUCCACCUUUCUCUGAGCAUAAGACUCAAGUGUCACUGAAGGAUCAGAUCACCAGUGGAAAAUACAACUUCAUUCCUGAAGUCUGGGCAGAGGUCUCAGAGAAGGCUCUCGACCUUGUCAAAAAGUUGUUGGUAGUGGAUCCCAAGGAGCGUUUUACCACAGAAGAUGCCUUAAGACACCCAUGGCUUCAGGAUGAGGACAUGAAGAGAAAGUUUGAAGACCUGCUUUUGGAAGAAAAUAAAUCGACGCCUGUACCCCAGGUCCCAACGCAGCCUAGCACUAGCCGAAAGCGACCGCUUGAAGGGGAAGUGGAGGAUACUGACACCCCAAAGCGCCUGGCUGUGUGUGCCGCUGUCUCGUGAUCGCUGUGCUGUGAGCAGUCAAAGAAGCAUGUCUUCUUGAAUUCUGCUGCCGUUUUCAUUCCGUUUUUUUUUUUUUUUUAAUUUCUAUUGUAAUUAAGAGAAUUUCUAUGGUAAUUAUGAGAACAGUUGUUUUUCCACAAUCAUUGAUGCACAAUUAAAACCCUCUGGAAUGUGGGAUUUAUGCUGCUGCCUGAUGGACAGGAUGAUAUGUAGCCAGCUCUCAAGUUGUAUGUCAGUUUCUUUUGUUUGAAGUUGUGUGCCUUUUGUAUGGAGCUCCACCUUGGCUGUUACUGGGCAGGUUAUCCGGACAUAGCCCUGUCUCAGCUGCGGAGCCAAAAAAAACACCCACCGCCGACAAGUCCAUUCCGACUCAUAGCGACCCUGUAGGACACAGUAGAACUGCCCCAUACAGUUUCCAAGGAACGCCUGGCGGAUUUGAACUGCCAGCCUCUUUGUUAACAGCUGUAGCACUUAACCAUUACGCCAUCAGGGUUUCCCAGCGGGGGAGUGCUGUGUACAAAUUCUAAAGGCCCUUUAGAAGGUUGCAGGAAAAGGGUGCAGCAAGGUUGGGGUAGGCUGUGUAGAGAGUGGCUGCCUUCCAAAGUCCUCUUGAGGCGCCAGGCACCUGGGUGCAUUUACCGUAGGCCACUUUUUACAACAUUCUCUUUCUCCUCCCCACUCUCAUGAAGAUAUACUUCCACAGUCUCUGAAACCUCGGGGCAGAAAAGUUGUGAAAUUUAAAAUUUUUCCAAUUUUAGAAAGAUGACAUGGCUUCUACAUGUAUUUUGUAUAACACCCCCAGCAGAUAAUCAGACAUGUUAAUAUUUCUGCAACAGAUGUUUACAGUAAGACGAAUAGAGAAAGACUUUAAGUAGCCUCAUAUCAGUUCAGGUCAGGGUUUUCUGCCAAGUGAGUUAUGGUUUUCAGAGCUGUUUGGAUUUCAGAAGGUCAUGUCGACCUAGUAAUGGCUAAAAAAAAAAAAAAAGCCCUGUGCAAAGCCCUGCCUGUGGCUGGUCUCAUCUAGUUUUCCCAAUGAUCCUGUGAACUUGGUCCUCUGACUAUGCUCAUGGUGCAAGGUGAGGAACCCAGGCUUGGGGAGGAGUGAGGCAACUUGUCCAACAUCACACAGUUGGUAAGUGGCUGAACUGUGUCCCAACCUGGGUCUUUCUGACUCUAAAACUAAUUCUCCUCAUCUCCUUAGUCCUGUAUUUGAACAGACUUGGAAUAUGGACUCACACUGACAAAACUCACAGGAGACUGAUGUCUGAAUCUUGAAUGCCAGUAUGUUCAAUUGUUAUGAGUGGUGAACUGCCAAGGGGAUCAAAUAUUCUUUUUGUCUGCCCAUUAAGAGUAUUCAGUCACUGCACGCUGGCCUCAGGGACAGCUGUGAUCCAUGGAAGUGGAAAAGGGGAUGUGUUUCAAGGUUACAGAUGGCUGGGCCUGGGAACCAUCAGGAGUCCCGGCUGUUCUAAUGUCUGGCUCCUCUUCUCUCUUUCUGAUCCACUGAUUCUGCUUCUCUUAUGACUUUGCCUGGUUCAGCCACAUUGGAACUCACUGGCCAUGCCAUGAAUUGAGUGCCAUGGUUCAGGUGCCAGUUGUGAUCCAGCCAGGGUGGGGUCAAGGGCACAAAGCCCAUUGCCCUUGGCAGUGGGGGCAUAGUGGUUGGCAGUGUCAAUUAAAAGGGUAUGCAGACAUUCUGAGGCCUGGCUGGCCUGAUGCAGGGGGCUAGAUGGAGAUUUAGGUGGUUUCCAUAUUUAAAUAAUGAAGCUGAGAUUGUCAAAUUAGAUGGGUAUUAGCUGACAGGGAUAUUUAAUGGUUUCCUGGGGCAUUUUCCCUGUUGGGGCUGCAUUACUGUGGUAAUGAAUAAUGGCCCCCAAAGAUGUCUUCUUCCUAAUUCCUGGAACCUGUGAAUAUCUUACUUUUUACACAACAAAAGAAGGAGCCCUGGUGAUGCAACAGUUAAGUGUUCAGCAGCCAACCAAAAGGUUGGUGGUUUGAACCCACCCAGCAGCUCUGUGGGAGAAAGACCUGGCGAUCAGCUUCUGUAAAGAUUACAGCCUAGAAAACCCUGUGGGGUGGUUCUGUCUCACAUGGGGUUGCUGUGAGUCAGAAUCAACUUCAUGGCACCUAACAACAACAUAGGAAAAAGGAACUUUACUGGUAUGAUUAAGGAUUUUGAGAUGGGAAGGUAAUCUUGGAUAAUCUGGUAGGCCCGAUGCAAUCACAGCGGUCCUUAAAAGAGGGUCUCGCUCACCGGAGAAGUCAGAGUCAGAGAAGUAAUGUGAUGAUAGACACAGAGACUGGAGUGAUGUGCUUUGAAAAAUGGAGGAAGAGGACAAAGCCAAGGAAUACAGGUAGCCAUUAGAAGUUGAACAAGGAAAAGGAAACAGGUUCUUCCCUCAGAACCUCCAGCCCUGCUGACACCUUGACUUUGGCCCAGUGAAAGUGACUUUGGACUUCUGACCUCCAGAACUGUGAGAGAAUAAAUUUGUGUUGUUUCAAGUCACCUGGUUUGAGGUAAUUUGUUAUGCAGCCAUAGGAAAUGAAUAUACUCACCAAUGGGGAAGACAUCAGCUCCUGGUCAGAGGCCACCCAGUAU